GGCAGGUGGGCGUGGCCGGAAGCGGAAGUGCGGGGAAGAUGGCGGGACCGGCGAGAGUGUGGGCGCGGGUCGGGGCCCUCAGCGGUGCCGCCGCGAUGGCGGCUGCGGCCUACGGGGCUCACGGCCUCCGCCGCAGCGACCGGGACGAGUACCAGAAGGAGCUCUACGAGACGGCGAACCGGUACCACCUGCUGCACAGCCUGGCGCUGCUGGCCGCCCCCCACUGCCGCCGCCCUGCCCUGGCCGGGUCUCUGCUCUGCGCCGGCAUCGGGUUCUUCUGCUUCCCGCUCUACUACCACGGGCUGAGCGGGGAUCCCGGCUUCAACCGCGCCGCCCCGCUCGGGGGGACCCUCCUCAUCCUCGGCUGGGGCGCCAUGGCUCUCUGAGGGACCCCCCCGGCCUGCGGGCCCCACCGCCGCGAACGUUGCCCCUUUAAAAGGUGGAGCUUCCGCUUAGCCCCGCCCCCCCCUCCUAUUGGUCGAGAUCCUGGCCAAUAGGGGUGGAGGGUUGCGUGCGCGGCAGGUGACCAUUGAGGUUUAGCGUUUCGCGGCCGAGCAGCCAAUCAGGCUGGCGGGGGGGCGUGUCUUGUCUCCUGGUUUCUGAUUGGCUGCAGGAAGGCCUUGCUCGAGCCGUGGGGAUGAUGGAGCUCGGUGAUGUCAUGGCUGUUGCUGGGCGACAGCCAAUGGCUGGCCAGCUUCUCUCUUCCCCCCCCUUGCCUUUGGCUGCACAAACAGCCAAUCAGAGCGGCUGAGGCAGCGGCAUCGCGCAAGGGGCUGCUGCCGAUUGGCCGCCCGGCUGCCCCUCCCUCGACUCUGCCGGCCAAUAAACGAUCGAGUUUUA